AUGAAGCAGCUAUUCACAAUGCAGUUGCUGCAGAACCUUCAAAAUCUUGAAGAAUUAAGAGUUGAAGAUUGUGAAGGACUGGAGGAGAUAGCAGCAGAUGGCAGUGGAGUAGGACAAGGAGGAGGAGAAGGCAUCCAAUUGACUUCAAGUGAAGCCACCGCCACUGUCGUCCUUCCAAAUUUAAGGAAGUUGCAUCUGAGGGGGCUGCCGCAACUGAAGAACAUUUGCAAGGCAGCCAUGAUCUGCGAAUCAAUCCGGUCCAAUAAUAUAGCAAAUUGUCGAAAUUUAAAGAGGCUGCCUUUGUUUCUUUCCACCAUCGACGGAGAAUCAGAACCAUAUUUGCUUCCAGCUGGCACCUUUUCUUCCCUUAGAGAAUUGUGGAUUUCUGGAUGUCACAACAUGAAGCAGCUAUUCACAGUGCAGCUGCUGCAGAACCUUCAAAAUCUUGAAAUAUUAGAAGUUAAUGAUUGUGAAGGACUGGAGGAGAUAGCAGCAGAUGGCAAUGGAGUAGGACAAGGAGGAGGAGAAGGCAUCCAAUUGACUUCAAGUGAAGCCACCGCCACUGUCGUCCUUCCAAAUUUAAGGAAGUUGCAUCUGAGGGGGCUGCCGCAACUGAAGAACAUUUGCAAGGCAGCCAUGAUCUGCGAAACAAUCCGGUCCAAUAAUAUAGCAAAUUGUCGAAAUUUAAAGAGGCUGCCUUUGUUUCUUUCCACCAUCGACGGAGAAUCAGAACCAUAUUUGCUUCCAGCUGGCACCUUUUCUUCCCUUAGAAAAUUGUGGAUUUCUGGAUGUCACAACAUGAAGCAGCUAUUCACAGUGCAGCCGCUGCAGAACCUUCAAAAUCUUGAAAUAUUAGAAGUUAAUGAUUGUGAAGGACUGGAGGAGAUAGCAGUAGAUGGCAAUGGAGUAGGAUAA